AUGGUCUUGGGUUUGGACGCGCAAGACUUCCGACAGCGCAAACGGAGCGUCUGGAUUGUCGCACUUCAUCGCUCCAUGGGACUUGUCCUUGCAAAGGAUACAUUUGCUUCCUCUGCUCGGGCUAUUCUCCGAGUCAUCUUCGUGAGUAGUCUCUUUCCUGGCGAUGAUAAAACCUUGCGCAGAAGCUCGAAUGAGGAACAGACUGAUACCAAACCCUAUACUAACACUUUCUGUCAUAGUUACUCAACGUCGCAUGUCCUCCCUUUCCCUCACGACGGAACCCGCAAGCAAUACGAGAUACUGAUUUUUGCUCUUCUUUUGAAGUUCCCUGCGGCUGCCCUCCCCGAGGCCCGUGCCGUCGUCGCCGCCCAGGUGGCUUUGGAGGUCGCGCAUCCCCGUGCUGCUGGUGUCGCCCUGGGGGCCGUCGCCUGCGCGGCUCGGGCCUUUCGGGCUCGGGUCGCCGCGGGCGGCGGUCCCCUGCCGCGCGGGUCCGCCCCUGCUGCCGCUGCCGCCCCUUUCGUGUCUGCGCCGGGGUCUCCGAUGGCAGCGCCUGCUCCUGCAGGUAUUUGGGCCGCCGCUGUCCAGUUCUUUUCUGGGCAUGUGCCAGCAGGGGAGAAAGGCCCGGGCCGCUUGGGCGACGGUGCUCUGCCGCGUGGUGCCCCUCCUGCGUCGGCCCCGACCCCCCCGUUCGUCUCUGCGCCAGGCUCUCCCAUGGCUGCGGCUGCUCCUGUGGGGUUCUGGAGUCGUGCACUCCAGUUCUUCGCUGGGCAAGCUCUGGAUCAAGAUACAGAUCGGUCUACCCACUCGACCCAAAUGGAUGUGGACGACACUCCGGUCCAAAUAUCCCAGGCAGACGACGUUCGGCCAUAG